AGCCGCCGAGGUAGACUGCAGGUUAGAGGGAAGCGGUGGGGAGACCGCCCAGAACGGGGACGCGUACUUUAAAGCGAGACAAAUGCCGUUCAGGUUUCCUCCAGACCUCAGGCAGCAAGCAGUUUUAAAGACACCGACGCAGACUGAGGGGGGCACUUGCCUGUACUUGCUGUCAUGCGUUGAGUAGCACAAGGGGGCCAUGAAGCGAAGGUCCCGCAGCUGCAGUACCAACAGUGAACUCCAGGGGGCAGACAGGCGCAGCAUGGAGGAGAGAAAGCAGGAGGAGUGCCGCCUGGGCAGCUUCAAAGGCCCGGAGAUGAGUGGCCCUCUGCCCAGCAAGACGAGCCCCAUGCCUCCAGCCUCCAGCAAGGUCACCCUGUUGGUGGACGGCAUUCGUUUUGUCGUGGACCCUGCAGUUUUUACAGCCCACCCUGACACCCUGCUGGGCAGGAUGUUUGGUGCGAACCAGCAGCACGGUUUCCUGCAGCCCAACGAGAAGGGUGAGUACGAGCUGGCCGAGGGCGUCAGUGCCGCAGUCUUCGCGGUCGUGCUGGAUUUCUACCAGACAGGGGUGCUGCGCUGCCCUGACGGCGUGUCAGUGGGCGAGCUGCGAGAGGCCUGUGACUACCUCCGCAUCGCCUUCAACCACAGCACCAUCAGGUGCCGUGACCUCAGCGCCUUGCUGCAUGAGCUGUCCAACGACGGAGCACGGCAGCAGUUUGAGGCUUUCCUGGAGGAACUGCUGGUUCCCGCCAUGGUAUCCAGCGCACAGGAGGGCGAGCGCGAGUGCCACAUUGUGGUACUGACUGACGAGGACACAGUGGACUGGGACACGGAGCACCCGCCUCCCAUGGGCGAGGAGUAUUCUCAGAUUCUGUAUAGCACCAAGCUGUACCGUUUCUUCAAGUACAUCGAGAACCGGGACGUGGCCAAAGUUCUGUUGAAGGAGCGAGGCUUAAAGAACAUUCGCAUCGGGAUCGAGGGGUACCCUACUUGCAAGGAGAAGGUGAAGAGGCGCCCUGGAGGCCGGGCUGAGGUCAUCUACAACUAUGUGCAGCGGCCGUUCAUCCAGCUGUCUUGGGAGAAGGAGGAGGGGAAGAGUCGGCAUGUAGACUUCCAGUGCGUGCGCAGCAAGAGCGUGCCUGAUCUGGCUGCUGCGGGGGAGGGUGCGGCCAGAUCCGUAACCUCCGCCACCCCGCAGGUGGACGAGCUGGACCGCCUGAACAGGCCCAGCCACCGUCCUGCCCUCCUCUCUAUGUGGACACCCAGCGAGAGCUGAGGAACCAUCAUUUCCUCUAGCCUGCGCCUUCUUCAAGUGUUCCCACGGCAACCACAAGCUACGUUCCGCUGGGUUUCUCUCCUGGCGCCCUCUGCUGGGAGACCGCGGCUCGCAUCCCUUUGGCAUCCCUGAAGGAUGCACCAGAGGCAUGGCUUCGCCACUGAGGGUGGUGACAGAGAUGCCCCCCCCCUCCACUGGGGUACUCUACACACAUUACAUUGGCUUGCGUGACAUUUGACCUUUUAAAGGGCUGGAUGUUAGGCAUCCCCUUUUUAUUUAUAAGGAAGACAUGCCGGUUUUGUUGUCCUUUGUUUUUUGGCAUGGGAACUCCCCAGCACUGCUGAAAGUAAGACAUUAUAGGGAAUCCUAUGGUAACCAGCGAGGUGGAUCACAUGACCUGAUUCGGCAUGUCAAAGUCUUGAGCAUAGCAGGAGUGUGAGAGUGGUGAUAGUUUAAGGGGGGGAGGGGUUGUGCGGGGAAUGGUAUGGAUGGACAUUGGAGCCAUUAUGCUGAAGAGGGGCUUUUGCUUUCAAGCAGAGAGGCGUUAUGUUUGAAAGAUGCUCCUAUGGCUUGUUGCACAUUCUAGUCUUCAUGGGCUUGAGUCACUGAGGGCUGUGUGAGAGUAGUGUGGGAAAGAGAGCUAGAUACGGCAACAAAUGUGUGUGUGAGAGAUGCAGACAGUCACGGGGUGAAUCUGAGUAUGUAUGUGGGAGAGAGGAACAAGUUACAGGGAUCACUGUGUGUGUGUGUGUGUGUGUGUUCUGGUGGUAGAGUGCAUCUAGCUGUAUCUGUAAGCUGGUCUGAAACACCUUAAUGCAUCCUGCAUGAACAGCUAGUCAUGUUUAGCUUAAUGUUCAAUUCACCACUCUGUCACGGCUGCAUGCAUCUCUGAAAGUUUUUGCAUUUUCAUAAAAUGUACAGCCAGCUGUUUCUCUGGUCAUUUCUUUUAAAAGUUUGUGUGAUAUAAACAUUUUUCUUUAUAAACCAUAGAGAACAUUUUUUAUAUGCAUAUCCUACAUGUUUAUAUGUCGUGCUUAUCAAUGUGAAAACACUGCAUCUUUGAGAAAAUUGUGAUUUAAAAGUUUAUGAUGAAAUAAAAGAUUUUGGCAAGUCCCAUAA